CCUCAUCCGCGAGUCGACGUAGAUCCCCACAAAUCGCUUGCCAGACCGUUUCACCUCUCGCUCACGGCUUCAUAACGUUGACAUUUUGAUGUUAUUGCUGCAGCCACCGCACAUUCAGAUAAACUGCUAUAGCCUUUUUCGCGCGGUUUAUUUGCUUCAGUUGAAAUCGGACGCCGCUGAUGUUCGAGCGUCCAUGUCCUCCCGUAGGCUGUGCCGCGGAGGGAUAUUCCAUUGGAACCGACAAUGUGGAGGCUGUUAAAAUGUCUACUUGGAAAAUGAAAAGAUCACAGUUCGCUAACUGAAAGGAAAUAGACCAUCAGAAGAGUUAUGGUUCCUGUGAAAGAGGUGUUUUCUACUUCGUAACGAAGACGUCGAGGCGAGAGAGGAGUAUUUCAUAUUGUCUUCCCUUUUCUUCAUCAAGCCCACAGUUCGGACCACGGGAGAAGGAUCCUAUCCACAACUUUGUUUUUCCUCUCUUCUGCCGUUUAUCUCUUCCUCCUGCUGGAUGCUACAUUGUUAAAUCCAGUCUGUUGCUGAGACUGAAAGGGCCAGUGAACAGCAGCAGAUAAUGGCUGCAGUGGUGACAGACAAGGAGCUCAGCGACUUGCUGGAUUUUAGCGCGAUGUUUGAACCUCCAGUUUCAAAUGGUAAAAAUGGGCCAACUACUCUUGCCAGCAGUCAGUUUGGAGGUCCUGGUAUAGAUGAAAGGACUGGGUCCAGUCCUUGGGGACCAGGAGGACAGAAUAGUCCAUCUUUCAACCAGGCAAGGGGUUAUGAAGAGGGUCUUUACAGUGAACGUGAGAACCUGGCCUCUACCCCGGUGUUUGAACCAGGCGUUGUUGGGAAGGCUGAUCGGGGACCAUACCCACCAUUUGGAGCACAGCCGGGUUUUCUGCCCAGUGAGAUGCCGAUUUCCAGCCCAGAUGGCACCUCUCCGUCUACUGUUAAGUCUCAGUUUUAUUCAUCUUACGAGGGCAACAGCACUCGCAGGAGACCCUCACAGGACCCCACUGAAUCACAGCCAAGAAAGAUCAGGAAGGUGCCCCCCGGCCUGCCCUCCUCAGUUUAUGCAUUAGCCACAGGGGAGGAUUUCAAUCAACACGGUGCUUGCUACCCAGCCUCCAAAGGAGGAAGCGUCUACCCAUCAUCGUUUUACGUGCAAGAAGGCCUCCACCCACCCUCUGAUCCUUGGAGCUCUGCCGGGUCGAUGAUUCAGCCUGGUUAUUCUGCCGUGUUGGACAACUCCCCCCAUCUGGGCCAACAUGGGCCGUUCUCUGCCAUCAACCCUCAAGAUAAAAUGAAACGACAGCCUUUACCCCUUUCUCCCCAAAACUUCCCCCUGCAUGGCAGUGAGGUGAAUGGAGCUCAUCCUGCAGGCUUCCACUCUGGUUCCAGCAGCUUUGGCGUCCCCAGCCACACACCCCCAAUCACCGGCACUGAAACCAUCAUGGUGAAUCGGAGUGCAGUACCGGGAAGCUCAGGUGAUGAGAUUGGGAAAGCCCUAGCAUCUAUCUAUCCCUCAGACCCUAACAGUAAUGCUUUCUCUCCAUCGCCGUCCACUCCCUCUCGCUCCCCCCAGGCUUUAUCAGGCUCUGCAUCUCAGUGGACUCGGUCGUCUGGCCAGGCCACACCGUCUCCCAACUAUGAAGGUGGAAUUCAGUCUAUGCAGAGUAAACUGGAGGACCACCUGGAUGAAGCCAUCAAUGUUCUUCAGCGGCAUGCUAGCGGACAAGGGGGGCCGGGAUUUGCUGAAAUGCAUAGUCUGUUGUUGUCCCGUUUCAACAAUGCAGCAAUUGGACUGGCCAGCCGCCUCUCAGGACUGGCAUCAAGCCACCACGAGGACUCUAAUGGUCUGCCCUCUAGUGGAGGGCUUUUGCAUCACGGCCCUUCAUCCAUCUCUGGCUCUCAGCCUGGCAGCUUUACAAGUCUGGCCCGUUCCAGUGGGGCUGCCAUCAAACGUGAGGAGAAGGAGGAAGACGAGAACUGCUCUGUUACAGACAAGUCAGAGGACGAGAAAAAAGACAUGAAGGCCCGUCUUCGAACAAGUCUGGAUGAUGAGGAUGAUGAUGAUGAUGAAGAUCUACCAGUGGAGAUAAAGGCUGAGCGGGAGAAAACACGGAGGUUGGCUAAUAACACCCGCGAACGGCUCCGUGUGCGGGACAUCAACGAGGCUUUUAAGGAGCUGGGCCGCAUGUGUCAGCUUCAUCUGAGCUCAGAAAAACCACAAACCAAAUUGAUCAUUCUGCAACAGGCUGUUAACGUUAUACUCAACCUGGAGCAGCAAGUCCGAGAGCGUAAUUUGAACCCAAAGUCUGCCUGCCUCAAGAGAAGAGAGGAAGAGAAAGUUUCAGGUGUGGACCAUCAGAUGCAGCUUGGUAGUGGUCACCCUGCUCUUGGAGGAGAUGGACACAACCCUGUGAGCCAUAUGUAACAGAUGUUUUUAGUGUACAGCCCUUAGAACACGUGGCCUUAUCUAUCAUUGUCGAACAUUUCAGUGUGUGGAAAAACACACACACCUCAUUAGUGACAAAGCAGGUGGCCACAUUCCUGAAGACAACAUGAGUAUCCGAAGAAAAGGAAGAAGCACACAAUAUUAAAGGAGAAUGCUUUGAAAUAAAGACACUGUCUUUUGGAGAGAGUGCAAAAAGGACAAUGUUCUUAUGAUCAUGUUUUUGUAGGACUUUGGAAAAAUUGCUUUUCAUGUUGGGAGCAAUUCUUGUUUGGAUCAAAUCACACUUUUGGAUCAAACGCUCAUUUGAGUGAACUUGGGAUUGAUCGUGUUGAAUAGUUAUUGGCAUUCCCAUCAGAGUAAAGGAGGUCCCACAUUCUUCACAGACACGAAGAAAUGAUCUAUUUCCUGCAAUUGAACAAAAUUUGUUUAAUCAUGUCAUAACAGACCUCUGAUGUGUUUGGUUUGAUAAAAAAGAUUGUCCCCAGGUGAUACAGAAGUAAGCUGGGAUGUAUCAGUCAGAAUACCAGCUUUUCAUUUUUAUACGCCGGUAUUUUAGUCAGGUUUUCUUAAUUUUAUUGCUGUGGCUCAAAAGGUGCCACAUCUGAACUGACUUGUGUACUGGGGGGUCUUUUUUUCAUGCAUUUCUCAGAAAUGUGGAUCUGAGUCUUAUCUCUUUUAAGUCCUGUACAUGUGUUAUUGUCACUGCCAUGCAAGUGGAAUGGAAAGACUGCCAGAGAAAGGCCCGCCACACACACACACACACACACACCGAGGCUCAGUCAUGUGCAGAACAACAGCCCGACUCAGCCUCUGGAGAAGCCAGUUCCUCUCAGCCUCGCGGUCGGUGCAGACUGAAUCAAGCCGAGUAAUUGUGAAGCCUGUUCUAAGGAUCUUCCAUUUGUAGAAUUCAUAUAUUUUUGUUUUUGUACUUUUUUGUUUUUUACUUUGUAACAUAGUCGUAAGCGUUUUGUUUGCAUUGUUUGGAAUGUUAUUUCUCUUUGUUUACAUUGUUUAAUUGUAAGACAACUGUUUAGAUUCCAGGAACAAGGUGAGGUGUUUUUCUUUGGUGCCAGGUCCUUAGAUCUGAUGAUAACAUCUCAUGUUGUGAUACUGGUCAACUUUGUUAAAUUCUGUCUCAACAAAAACAUUUUUUGCCAGUAGUAAUUGGACUGUUCUGGUGUUCGUGGACAUUUUCUUUUUUUUUUCUUAAAAAAUUACUUUAUCACCCCCCACCCCCCUCCUCUCCAGUCUUUCUGAUGAGCUUGUUUGCUGGAUGAAGAUAGGGUUGAUGAGGCGGUCUGCAUCAAAAUUCAGUUUCCUUCUAAUAUGAAGAGGUGGCCUUAGUCAUUUUGGCUUUGGGAGUUUUGAUCAUGGUUACUGACUAGUGCCUGUACAUCUUUGUUAAUGGUGGAUAAUGUUGCAUCCAAUGUUUUAUAAUUGCAUCUUCUUGCUAUACAGAUGAUUUUAAAAACAUGUAUAAUUUAGGAACAUCUGUAAAAUGAAGAACCACACUUCGUGAGGAAGUUGAACAAAUUUGAUGCUAAAUUUUUACUUAAACUUUUUUAUCUUUUAUGUUUAUUUUUGUUUUUAUUUUGCCUCAGACUUGCAUGUGCAUCAGUGUAUGUCUGUUAGAUGUGUCUUUGUUAAGCUGACACUGCUGUGGAACAGUAUUUAUCACAACUCCUGCGCCAUGGUGAAGGCCAAAAAAUAUAAUUUUUGAUAUCAGUUACUUUCCCGAGAAAAAGAAAAAAACGGUAUGAAUUGAAAACCCAUUUUCAUGCACUAAUGUUUCAAAACCAGAUUUUUUUCGUUAACAGCCUUUCUGUCCUCCAUGAAACAUGACCUGCUACAGAUCUGUCUUCUCUCGUGCUUGGGGACAACAUCUAUGUAGGCUAUGUCCUCAAAGUGCCUACAGUUUCCUAUUUUUUAUAUAAAGUAGAUGCUGAGAACUGUUGUGUAUAUGACAGUAAUGUAGCAAUAAAUGUGCCAUUUUUAAUAAAACAAAAUAUGGUU